AUCAGCCGAGGAAGCAAGUUCGUUGCGAAAGCGUGUUAGUGCCAGGUUGCGGCAAUUUGGCCAUAGCAAACCCGUAACCGUUCGACUACUCAUUCACGCACGAGAUGUGGGAAAAUAUUGAUGGCAGUAUUCGUCCUCGAGGUUGCGUAUGAUGAAGCUUAUCGAGGGUCUUUUUGCCUCUCCCUUUGGAGGUGAGUUCAGAAUUCUAUAUUCUCCCUUUGACUUCGAUUUUCGUUAGUUUAUCUUGGUUUGAUGUUUGACUAUGGAAAUGCCACACACUAGCACUAAAAUAUGUAGGUAAAAAAGUAAUGUACCAAGUCAAAUUAUUGGUGAAACCAAGGCUGCAAGAAGCAGAAUUACAAGAUCAUGGCGUCCUCCUCCUCCUCGGCGAGCUCCUCGACAGCCAACGAUGGCACGACCAACGUGUCCCAGCAACAGAGGCAGAAGACCUUCAACGACCUUCUUGUGCGCGCUGGUCGGAACGUGAGCUACAAUGACUGGCUGAUAUCCUUGGAGGAUACCGAAGCAAAGACUCGCGAACUCCGUUAUCAAAAACGGGUCCUGGGUGCGCAGGUACGUGAUUUUCUGUCGGAGGCUUGAUUCAUGAUUGUCUUCCCCGUGAUUCUUGUUCUACGUCGUUUGGAAUGGUGCGAUAAUCCGUUCGCGUAACACCCUCUGUGUUGAUAUUAAGCAGAUGAUACUGAUAGAUGAAAAAAUGGACGAAGGUCUUGACACCAAAAAACCAAAUAAAGCUGCUCUGUUGCAUUUUGGCGCAAAUAAAUCAGGUAAACGCUUGGCAGUUCUGCGUCUUCCACAAGAAGCGAACAUCUGCGAUGCCUUCCUCUACCAGAGUUUCUUUGCCGUCCGACGUCGUGAGCACUAUUUCGUUCCUUCUUGGGAAGCGCCAAAGCGGUCUGCAGCGACAAGCUUCGUCGAGCCCAGCUCGAGAGGAUCUCUGA